GCAAGUAAAUUCAGGUGAGAGUUCAAGAAAUAAAUUGACACUGAUAUCAACAGUAGAUUUUUUUCUGACGACAUGGCACAGCAGCAACCUACACAAGCUCGUCCCUGGAACCCUAAUUUUAAGUACACCGACAGAGAAAGAUGGCUGUGUAUCUACCCAGCAUAUAUCAACAGCCGUAAAACAGUGACGGAGGGUAGAAGACUCCCAAAAGACAAAUGCGUUGAUAAUCCAACAUAUAAUGAAAUUAAAGACGUUCUUCUAGCAACAGGCUUCAAUAUAGGAAUUGAGAAUAAAGUUUAUUCCCGAGAGCUUGAUCACCGAGACCCAAAAGUCCGAGGUCGUAUCAGAAUCCAGUUCAAAGAUGAAAAUGGAGGAUAUCUAAAUCCAGAGUACAAAACAAGAAAAGCAAUUAUGGAAGUUAUAUGUGAAAAAAUUCCCAAACUGAAAACGAGGAUCCAGGCCGCCUCAUCACAGCCUGCACCAGCACAACAGCAAGCCAGCACUAAAACAAAGAAAGGCCGCAAGGGGAAGUAACCAGGGAUUAAUUUAUCUAUAAGGACAAUGUGGAAGGGGGAGUAACUACGGAUAAAUUGAUUUAAUGAAAGGUGCAAAAGGAAAAAUAUUGACAAGAUGCACAGGGAUAUAAGCAAGGAUAUACAUGUACAUGGUGCAAAGGGAUGUAAUCAGGGACCUACAGACAAAGGGUGUUUGAAUAAUUCCUGAACUAUGGCUAUGGUAUAUGUACAUGUAUGUGUUGAUGGAUAUAUUUCUUUAUAUCUUUGUCUGUUGAAUGCAUUUUUUUGUUGUGUUUUUGUGUAAGCAAAUGAUAAAAACUUAUUUUGUAUUAUGUGGCAUGUGUGGAAACCUUUGAUAUCAAUAAUGUUCAUUGUAUAUUGUAGGUUUUUCAAAUUCAAAAGUCAUAAUCAUCAUACUGUUAUUAUUUCCAUAUUGUUCUCAUUGUAUUUUCAAUGUUCAUAUAUAAAGAUCAUUUGCACAGUUUUGUCAUAAGGUUAUAAGCUAUUUUUCCCGCCCAGACUUUAUUCGGUUUCAACAUGGUUUUGAUUCAAUUAAAGAUCAAUCUAACUGAAUUCUUUGUAAAUUUUAAUGCUGCAGAUCAUUUUUGACCAAAACAAAGGAUCUACUCAUGAUUGUAAAAAAU